GAUGCCUUUCAUGGGGAGAUGCUACUUUGUGUUUCACUGUAUCCUGUGGGGCUGUUGUUGCAACUGUAGAAGUGGAUGCUUUAUGAAGGGUCAAAGAGGUGCCACAUGGGGGUACACCAGGUCAAAUGGAGAAAGUCAGUGGUUGAAAAACUUUCCUUACUGUGGUGGAGCGGUGCAGUCGCCAGUGGACUUCAAGACAGAGAAGCUGGUGUUCGACCCUACUUUACUUCCAAUUGGGGUUCACAACUAUGCCUUGCCAGCUAGUGAAGAGCUCGUUCUAGGAAACAACGGACAUACACUACUUCUAUCACUCCCGUCAACAAUGUACAUUUCAAACCUGCCUCAACGCUACUCUGCAGCCCAGCUGCACCUCCACUGGGGCUCAGUCACCAGGCCUUUGGGCUCCGAGCACACGGUCAACAGCAAGCAGUAUGCUGCAGAGCUGCACAUUGUACACUUCAACUCUGAGAAGUACACUGACGUGGCCAUGGCUUUUGACAAGUCUGACGGUCUGGCUGUGCUGGGUAUUUUCAUUGAGAUUGGUGAGUUUAAUCCAGCCUACGACAAAUUCAUCAAGCACCUCAGUAAAAUCUCAAACAAAGGGACAAAAACAAAAAUCCCUGCCUUCAACAUCAGAAAGCUCAUGCCUACUCGUCUGGAUGAGUAUUACCGCUAUGACGGCUCACUGACAGCUCCUCCAUGCUACGCAAGUGUACUGUGGACCGUGUUCAAGAAUCACGUCACCAUCUCUAAGGAGCAGUAUAAAACCUUGACGACAGCUCUCUUUGCCUCCGGAGCCAAGCAGAACACACCUGUUCCUCUUAUAGGCAACUUCAGGAAUCCGCUGCCCACUGAAAACCGAGUUGUCCUGACGUCCUUUGAGGCUGGAGUGACCAAAAUUCAGUAUGCCACGUGUCCAUUCAAGAGGAAGGCCAUUGUCAAGCAGCUGCUGCACGGUGACUUUGAUGAAGUUAUAGAACAUGGGCUCCUCACUCCCAGUGCUGCCAAACUGCUUCUCCAACAGCAAGUGAAGACACCACCAAAGACACUCAAAGAUCAAGUGGUAGCAAUAACAAGUAAGCUGAAGAAGAUGAAGGAAAUUGCCAAUCCAAUAUUAGCCUUUGGCACUUUGCUGCAACUGAAGUCCCUUGAAGCCAAACAAUCCACGACCCAAGUGAGUCUGCCUGCCGCUCUCGGCAAGGCAAUUCUGCCUAAACUCAACCUGAGGAGUUACCUGACCUGUAAGGCAUCCCUUGCUCCUGCGACCAUCAGAUAUCUGGUCAGUGGCGGGCCCCUGGAGAUAGACACUGAGGAUUCAUUCCUGCUUGACCCAUACAUCAGUGGCAGUAGUAUUCUGUAUCCCUGGCUUUUUUCAAUGGAGGACUAGAGAGAUUCCCCACAUAGUAGAGGCUCCUACGUCGUGUUCUGUCACUGCCUUGUGUGCCUUGCAUAAUAAAAGACUACUUCUUCAUCUUCUGGUAAACUUUUGGACUUCCAGGAUGUGUAGUCAAAGUUAAAUUAUUCAUCCAAGUUCAUGCACAUAUUCAGAAUACAUACUUUUGUAACCAUUUAAAGUCUGAAAGUGUGUACCCACUGAAAUAUUGGUCAUUAAUAUUGAUCUGUAAUUAGUGUUUUUUUA